UCAAACAGUUUAUGCUUGUAUCGCAGUUUCUACCUCCCUCACUACACAUUAUCAUGCCUGACUUUUUGUUUCUCCCUUCCGACUCUUUUUUCCCCCUCACUUCCUAAGGGCGUGUUAUAUACGCGGUGUCAUUUUUCAACAGCUGGCUGCAGAGAAACAUCAGACAUUGGUGCUUGGACUUCAUUCAGGUUUCAAUCUGAAGAAUGACAGAUAACUAUGUUAACGUCACCCCCCUGAAUGUCAGCAACGAAGACAUCUACAAUGGGUAUUACCAAAGAUUACAUUUCAAAAUGCACGUGGCAACAUGCAUCAUCAUUAGUAUCGGCCUUCCUCUGACACUCCUGACCAUCUAUGUUCUUUACUCUCUGGUACGAAAGGAUCAUGUGGCUCCAAUCUACGUCAUCAACCUUCUUAUUUCCGACCUCAUUCAGCUCUGCUGCAUGAUCGUUUUUGAAACAAAAGAGUAUCAGCCUCAAAGCAUUGAGUUUUAUAUUUACGAAUGUGGCCUACUGACAAGUGUUUUCUUCAUGGUGUGUGUCUCACUGGAAAGAUAUUUGAUCAUCACCCACCCACUGUGGUACCGCUUCAAACGGACGAUCAAGAUCUCUGUGGUGGUCAGUGUUGUGAUCUGGCUCAUACCUCCUGUCUUUUUCCUCAUUGUGUUUCCCUGGGUUACUCGUGACGUGGCAGGAAUCAUCUACUCCAUUUUCCUCACCAUUCCCUUCCCACUGUUCAUAAUCUUCCUGGUUGGAACCCUCAGAGCCCUGUCUGCAUCCGUCUCGGUCCACUCUGAAGAAAAACAACGAAUAGUUGGAGUUUUGGUCCUGGUGCUGCUCAUUUACACACUGCUGUUCCUGCCCAGCAUGAUUUUGUUCCUGAACAUAAACAGAUCUGACAAAACUCUGACUGACCUAUCUUUCAUGUUUGUUAAGAUGAGUCCUCUUGCAGACUUAAUUCUGUAUGUUUUCAUUAGAAAACAGUCCAUUGGCAAGCUUUUUACCACUGUGAACUGUUGCAGAGUUGCCAACACUGACACCAACAUAUAGACAGUAUGAAUGUGCACAACAUUUUGACAUUAAGCUCCAUGGAGGAAGAGAGAACGAGGAUAAAACUGACCGAUAUGUACUCUCAGUUUAGAACAAAUUUAUUUCUUACAUACCUUUAUUUGUUUAGCUAUGUUGUUAUUCUUGACAGUUAAAUACACUUCGUACUCUUGUUAACUUUCUAAUCUUCUAAUCAAUAAAAGCUUUACUUGUGCAGUUAAAGUGGUUGGCAUGUCAGCUUUUAGGAUGUGAGAGAAGGUCCUAACUUUAUUGCCACUGUUUCAAAUUAACAGUUACAAAUGAGAACAGUGUCACCUUGAGG